AUGGGAAAUUGUUUAGCAAAAAAAUCGGAAGCAAAGAAUGUCGGAAAUCCAGAUUCAAAAAUUCGAAAUAUUGCCGAAAUUAAAGACGAUGAUCUUAAGGCGAUUUUUAAAGAAUUUGACUUAAAUGGUGAUGGUUUUAUUCAAAAAGAUGAAUUAAAUCAGGUAAUGACAAAAAUGGGACAAGCGCCAACAAACGAUGAAUUAACAGCAAUGUUUAAUGCUGCAGAUAAGGAUAGAGAUGGUAAUAUUGAUUUUGAAGAAUUUCUCUCAAUUGCACACGCAAAUCCAUUGUCACUUUCAUUAAAAGCUGUUUUUGAUGAGUUAGAUGUUGAUGGAGAUAGUUAUAUUACAAGAUCUGAAUUAAGAACUGCUUUUCAAAAAAUGGGUCAUAAUUUAUCAGAUCAAGAUAUUAAGCAAAUAUAUAAACAUGUUGAUGCUAAUCAAGAUGGCAAAAUAAAUUUUGAUGAAUUUUGUAAAAUGAUGACGAAAAAGAAAUAA